AUGUCCGUUGAAACUGCUUUGUCAUACGCCGCUUUGAUCUUGGCCGAUGCCGAGGUUGAGAUCUCCUCCGAGAACCUAUUGACUUUGACCAGAAACGCUAACGUCGAGGUUGAGGGUAUCUGGGCCGACAUUUACGCCAAGGCUUUGGAGUCCCAGAACUUGAAGGACCUAUUGGUCAAGUUCGAGGGUGGUGCCGCUGCUGCCCCAGCUGCCGGUGCCGCUGCUGCUGGCGGUGCUGCCGCUGAGGAGGAGGCCGAGCCAGAGGAGGCUAAGGAGGAGUCUGACGACGACAUGGGCUUCGGCUUGUUCGACUAA